AUGUUUUCACAAUUUAGAAUGGUUAGAAGUUCAAUGAAAGGAGAAUAUGAUUUGGAGAUAACAAAUGUUACAGAAUGGGUUGAUGGUUUUUAUGAUUGUCAAGUUACAUCAUCAAAAAAUAAUAAUAUUAUUGAAAAAACUAAACCAGUUUAUUUAGAAGUUCUUAAAUUACCAGAAGAUUAUGGAAUUUUUGAUAAACAAGGUUAUGGAAAAAAACAUAAGAAUGGUGAUUUUAUUUUUGCAAAAGAAGGUGUUCCAAUAGAAGAAAUAUGUUUUGUGUCAAAAACUCAUUCAACACCUAAAAUAUAUUGGGCAAUAACAAAAUCUGGUACAUUAGAUAAUAUUAUUUCAUGGAUUAGUGAUGAUAUACCAGAUGUACAUGUCAUAAUUGAUAGUGAUAAUGAUACUUUAAAACAAGGUGAUAAAGUUAGACUUAUAUGUAAUGUUAAUUCAAAACCAGAACAUAGUGGUAAAUAUACAUGGUAUCAUAAUAAUGAACUUCUUAAAAAAGUAACAAUAAAAAUUUUAUAUAUUGAACAUCUAAUACCAGAUGAACAUAAUUCACAUUUUACAUGUCGUGUAAAUAAUGUAUUAAAAUCUGGUUCUAAUAAAAUAUUAUGA